CCGCCUCCUUCCAGCCCCUCAGGGCGGUUCCCGCCUCCUUCCAGCCCCUCAGGGCCCUUCCCGCCCUCGUCUCGCCUCAGGGCGGCUCCCACCGCGAUGUUCCGCGGUCACCGUGCUUGGUUCUCGCAGAGCGUCAGCCCGGGCCCGCGGGGGCUGUGGGCAGACGGUGGCGGGACAAUCGCCCACUGGCUGGAUGCCGAUUACCUCUUCAGCAGCGAUGCUGCCCACCCUGACACCCGCAGCAUACAUGAGAGUCUCAGUUACUUGGAGGGCAGAGCCACGGUCUUUCACUCCUGUUACCUCUCAGUGUGUGCGAGCACCCGAGCUAGAGAGAGGCCCUCGGUGGUUCUGGGCCACUUUGUCCUGCCCCCUGCCUGCCUGCAUGAAGAAAUCAGAAGGAAAAUUGGCCGGUUUAUUUGGGAGAAGGCAGAUGCCCUUGAAGAACAGCCCAAAGAAAAUCUGACAGAGGAACCAGAAGCAGCAAGAAACUGCUGUGACAAAGAACCAGAGGAAGAAGUGCUAGAUCUGGCUGAGAGCAGUGAAGAAACAGACUCUGAAGCACCUGCCCAGGGAGAAUUUCCAUACCGUGCCCUCCAGGAAUACCCGAUAAAUAACAUGGUGACAGGCUAUGCCUCUGCACGGGACAUGAAGAAAUAUGAGGGGGAACUCCACGACUUUAUCCCCGGCACCUCGGGCUAUGCAGCAUACUGGGUUCAAAGCAAAUUUAGCAUUUACUGUGAGAAGACCAAAAUGAAGAAGAAAUGGUAA